UAACAUUCCUACUUUUCGUUUCCCAGAUCCUUAUCAAAACACAGACGGAACAUCAGCCGGAGCUGGGGCCCAUUGCCAAACACCAGUGUACACAGGGCGCAUUUGCACUGGAGGCUUUCAGGGGUCAAUAUUCACAUUGCUGUCCUCCUGGUUUGAAGCGAAUGGUUUUAAAUCUCUUCUAGUGAGUUGUCGAAGUCAUCGGUAAGACAUCUGUGUAUCCACAUCUUGUUUGUUUUGCACUACGGAGAGGAUGGCAGAGGGAGGUUAUGACCCCUGUGAGUGCAUCUGCUCUCAUGAACAUGCCAUGAGGAGACUCAUCAGCCUGCUGCGACAGUCCCAGUCCUACUGUACAGACACAGAGUGCCUUCAGGAGAUGCCAGGCCCCAGCUCCUCCGUAGAAGGGGACAUCACUCUACCCAUGAUUAUUAUGGGAUGGGUAGUUGUAGCUCUCGUGCUCUUUCUGCUCCGCCCAGCCAGCUUGAGGGGUCCUUCAGCCAGCGGCAAGCCCUCCGGCCCCCAUGGCAAUCCUGGCAGAGAGCCACCAGCACCUCCUGUGGACUAGAGGUUUUCCACAGCAAAAGAUUUGAUCUUUUAAUCCAGCUUCCACCUGAUCAGCUACUGUGACUAAUAUAACUUGUUCAUUUCCUUAAUCAUCUGUCAGUGUUUCAGAUUCCAGAUUCUUUAGUCCAAUGAGGGGAGGGGCGGAUCUACGCGUAUACUUUGAUAACAAGGUGUUUCUACAAUGUGUUACAUUUCAAAACAAGAAGCAAAAAGAGAAAGUUGUCCUAGUGGUGAAAACGCUGAAUGGUUGGAGUCUAAAGUUUCCUGGGUUUACAUAUCUCUGUCUUCGAUUUUGUACUUAUUAUAUUUUUAUUAUAAAGCAUUAUUAUGUAUUUAACAAUAUAAGCCUAUAUAAUGACAUUUGCCCUAGAUCAGCCUGAGUUCAAACUGCGAUCUAGAGUAAAGGUUACCUACAAAUUAGGUGUCGUCAAAAGAUUUGGGUUAUUUUUGAGUAGACUGAGGUGAAGAGGAUAACGUUUCUUGUUUGGAGGUACCCAAAUACAUUCCAAAGCUACGAUGACUUCACAGACAUGAUGUCAGUGGUCCAUGUAGGAGAAUGAGCCUUGACUCUGCAUUGACUCAUUCUAAACACAGAUGUAAUUGAAAUGAUUCAAAAAGUUAAGAUUAACCAAGACCACUUCUUAAGUAAAACUUUUGUGUGAGAGGAAAUAAUAAAAUGGGUGUAUUCCAGUUUUUGCUUGUAGUCAUGGCUGUGUGGAUGUUGUCAUGCUCUGGGAUCUGUUGACCACAGAGAGGCGGCUGAUCUAAAGCAGACCUCUCCACCCUGAAGACUUUUACAGUCUGUUUACCCUUUAUGUAUAAAAAUCGCUAGAGCAAUUGCUAGCGUAGCCAGUUGAACGCCAUUCUUAACUUGCAUUUGCUCAGGAAUCAUUAUGUAGCUACACUAACUAAAACAGUAAAAUAGUAUGGGUAGCUGUCGAAUUUCAGUGAAAAAAAUAUAAAAAAAAAAUAUAUAUAUAAACAAAGUAAUCUUUCAAAAUAAGAUUUAAAUUGGGAAUUUUGGUAACAUUUGUGAAGAGUGAGAUUUCCUUUUAGUGUAAAUCUACAAACAGUAGCACUUUAGUUGUGGCAUCUUUACAUUUGUGUACAGAAUGCAAUGAAAAACACCAAAGAGAGGAUGUAAAUCUGCCCCAUUUCGAGUGUGGUGUCACUUUCUCAAACUUUUGUCUCUUCAGUUCUCUGAGAAUGUUAGAAUGUCUUAAUUGCACAAAAGUAAGCUGGUUCAUGUGGCUGGACUAAUGAUUUCUGGGUAGAUCUGUUAAGGUGGUGGUCUGGAUUUCAGGGCAUGUAAAUUCUGUCUAUGUACACUGUUCUAAUGAAACUGCUCUAUGAGAAAGGGCUUGAUCUAUGCACUUUUGGUUACUACAAAUAAAUAUGAACAACAGCA